AUGAAGUGCUUCGUCAUAGUAGAUGCCCAAAACGACUUCCUCCCCAAAGGGUCGUUCAACUCCCGAGAUGAUUACAUGAACGCGCUGAACAAAAUUAACGCCAUAAGAUUAAGGCUACACAAUUGCACAGAAAAGGACCUAAUGAAAUUAAACACCUGCAAACACAUGAUGCAGUACCAACCUGAUAAGUUACUAAAGGAGAAUAUCGUCCAGUAUCACCAAUGCAGCAAUGAUAUUGAUGAUGAGCAGAGGGAAGGGGACAUUCUUCUCUUUCCAUGGAACGAUAGGGUUAUGACAAGUUGCUCCAAUGGAUUGAGCGCCCUAAACGGCUGCAACGGCUUGCACAAGCAACCUACACAGGGCACAGUGAAUGGUGUGGAAGGCAUGCCCAAUGGCCAUCACAGCGAUUUUUCUCACACGCCGGAAGACAUCGCACGUAACGACACGCACAUGUAUAAUCACCACCCGAGUGAAAGUCAUCCCAAGCUGGAGGAAAACAAGGUAGCAUUACUAAACGGAACUAAAGAAAGCACGAACGAAGCAACUGCAAAAUUUGCUGUGAACAUAUUGUCCGUUGACUACCACCCGCAGUAUCAUAUUUCCUUUGCAGAAACGCACAGAAUUGUGUUUGAGCAGAUAAACAAAAAUAGAGGUAUCAAAAAUAGUAGCGUGAAGAAGAAUGGGCAUGGGCUACCCCAAGUAUCAUCCCACGACCAAGUCAAUAGGGUAGCCAUAUUUGAAGAGGAAGACGAAGGGGUGCGCCCUGACGAAGCUGAAUACCACGACGAAGGGGUGCUUGACGAGGGUCAUGGUGACGGACCUGAUGGAGAGGUGCAACCCACCCAACAGACGGACCUCCUGCAGGCUGCUUUCCUAAAAAAACAUAAAAUUUUCAAUCUGAGUGAUGUGAUGAAGAACAUAGCCAAUAUCAAGUCGACUAAAUACAUCUACAAAAACGUUAAUUCCGUUAGUGACAUAAAGGAUUAUAGCAAGCUCAACUUUUUAAACGAAUCGAUAGAUGUAUGGCCAGUCCACUGUGUCCGGAACACUUCGGGGUGUAAAAUACACCCGAGUCUUAUUAGACACAUGAACGAUAUUGUAAUUAAGAAGGCAGAUACAGAGAACCACGACAGUCAUACUAUUUUCGAAAACAGGGAGAUCAACGAAAAGAUUUUAAAACUGCUGAAAGGACUGAACGUAAAGUCUGUUUACAUUUGUGGUUUCAUAUUCGAGUACUGCGUAAAGGAGACUGCUUUGUCUUUUUUGAAUUUGGGGUUCGACACCUACAUUGUGGAGGACGCAACAGCCUAC